UUGCCUAGCUCUCCGUCCCCUGGUCCUCAUCUUCUUCUUCAUUAUAGCCAGAGGAAUCCGCAACCUAUCAGUCACCACCGAAGCUAUUCAAACCUCCGAUACGGAAACAGCAGCAGCACCACCACCACUACCGUCUCCUCCUCCACAGCGUCCGCGUCUCAAGAUUUCGCCUCCUCCGCUCCCACCGACAGUGGUGCGAACUGGAAUCGUCGACGAGAAUGGCGCCAUGUCUGAUUCCUUCGAGAUCGGCGGAUUCGAUCCCGAUUCCGUCGACGAGCUUAAAUCCGCCACCGGGAAUUCAUCGGCCAGGGAUAAAGAAACGUCGGUAGAUAAUGAUUCAGAAGUCGGAUUCCGGAUUGAGAAAUUCAGUUUUUGUGAGAAGACGAAGACGGAUCACAUUCCUUGUUUAGACAACGAAGAAGAGAUCAAGAGAUUGAACAGUAGCGAUCGAGGAGAGAAUUACGAGAGACAUUGUCCUAAACUGAGCCUCGGUUGCUUGAUUCCUCCUCCAAAUGGUUAUAAGAAACCAAUCCCAUGGCCACAAAGCAGAGACAAGAUAUGGUUCAAUAAUGUGCCUCAUACACGCUUAGUGGAAGAUAAAGGAGGUCAAAACUGGAUUCGAAGAGAGAAAGACAAGUUUGUUUUCCCUGGUGGUGGAACUCAAUUCAUCCAUGGAGCUGAUCAGUAUUUAGACCAGAUCUCCCAGAUGAUUCCUGGUAUUACGUUUGGAAUACGCACUCGUGUUGCCUUGGAUAUUGGCUGUGGUGUGGCGAGCUUUGGUGCGUUUUUGAUGCAGCGUAACACUACAACCUUGUCUGUAGCACCAAAAGAUGUCCAUGAGAAUCAGAUACAGUUUGCAUUGGAGCGUGGUGUCCCUGCAAUGGUUGCUGUCUUUGCCACACGGAGAUUGUUGUAUCCAAGCCAAUCUUUUGAGAUGAUUCAUUGUUCCAGAUGCAGAAUUAAUUGGACCCGUGAUGAUGGGAUACUUCUUCUUGAAGUUAAUAGAAUGCUUAGAGCAGGAGGGUACUUUGUUUGGGCUGCACAACCCGUUUACAAACAUGAGGAUAACUUGCAAGAGCAGUGGAAAGAAAUGUUAGGCCUUACCAACCGAAUCUGUUGGGAGCUUAUCAAGAAAAAGGGAUAUAUCGCUGUGUGGAGGAAGCCUCUAAACAACAGCUGCUAUGUCAAUCGUGAAGCUGGAACAAAGCCUCCUUUGUGCCGACCUGAUGAUGAUCCUGACGAUGUUUGGUAUGUGAAUAUGAAACCAUGCAUCACCCGGUUACCUGAUAAUGGUUAUGGGGCUAAUGUCUCCACAUGGCCUGCACGUCUUCAUGAUCCGCCAGAGAGGCUACAGAGCAUUCAAAUGGAUGCCUAUAUAUCCCGAAAGGAAAUUAUGAAGGCAGAGUCUAGAUUUUGGUUAGAGGUAGUAGAGAGUUAUGUGCGGGUUUUCCGAUGGAAAGAGUUCAAGCUGAGGAAUGUUCUGGACAUGAAAGCUGGUUUUGGAGGGUUUGCGGCAGCAUUAAACGAUCUUGGACUUGACUGUUGGGUAAUGAACGUUGUUCCUGUUAGUGGAUUCAACACCUUGCCUGUUAUUUAUGACCGUGGGCUUGUUGGGACUAUGCAUGACUGGUGUGAGCCAUUUGACACGUACCCAAGAACCUAUGACCUGAUACAUGCUGCAUUUCUUUUCUCUGUUGAGAAGAAGAGGUGCAACAUUACAAACAUUAUGUUGGAAAUGGAUCGGAUGCUAAGACCGGAAGGACGGGUAUACAUAAGGGAUUCACUGUCUUUGAUGGAUCAACUUCAACAAGUGGCUAAAGCCAUCGGUUGGACAGCUGGUGUUCAUGAUACCGGGGAAGGACCCCAUGCAAGCGUUAGGAUUCUCAUCUGCGAUAAACGGAUGUGAGAAAAGAUAAGAAAAA